AUGAACGAGUGGGGAACGCCUGGCCUUCCGCUUGCCGAUCUCCCCGCAUCAAAGUUUUGGCCUCGUGUGACAGACAAUUUAAAGCUCGAAGAUUCAGAUCUUUGGCAAGAGGAACUAGGUCUUCAUCCCAAAAGUCCUCUUUGGGAUGGAGUGACGAAGAUGAUGAUCAGGAAUGUUCCGGCCAGAUGCUCGCAGACAGAAAUCGAACAGCUUCUGUCCUACGUGACUACAGAUUUCCGCCUUCAAAUGCCCAGAUCAUCAGAAAGAAAGUGCAAAGGCUAUGCUUUCAUCGAAGGCGAUGCUGACGUCAUGAGGCGCUUGGCUCACUUCCUGUGGCAACGGCAAGUCCCCACACGGCACAGCUUGAGACCUUUGAAGAUCCAUCCAGCUCGUGGCUUUGAACAGCAAUGA